AUGACACGGCGAACAUCAAGUGAUGGUGGAUCGCUCGGAAAAGUCAGUAGAUCAUAUAUGGAUUUGGAUAGUCCUACGGGAGAUGAAGAUGAUGGGGAGCCAUCAGACACAAGUUUAAAAACAGGCAUGCCUCCUACGAGUAGAAAAUCACGCAUGUCAAGAGAUUCUUUUAAUGAAUCAAAAGCGGAUCAUGACAGAAGUCGUCGAAGAAGCAGACGAGAUAGUCCAAGAUCGAGAAGUGGCGGUGGUAGUGCGAGAAUUGGGUAUUUUGGUGACAAAAAUGGUGAUGCAGUGAAAAAUGUUACAAAAUGUUUGGAUUUUUAUGAUAAAGUUAAAGACCUCGCGAGGAUCCUCAUCCAUCGUCCACCUCUGUGUCGUAUUUGUCUGUUAUGUGAUAAUACUAAAACAACUGCUCAACGUCUAUUUCCAGACUCGAAACCAUCGGCUUUAGCCAAUGCCAGUCAUGUUAAGUCAUACGAUCCAACGACAUUAUUGAGAAAAAGUGUUGUUCCGCCACCUAUCGAACAACCGCAUCCUCGAUCAACAGAACCUUUACCGGCAGAAACGUUAUCGUACUAUCCACCAUCAUUUUCUUAUCCAUAUUACCAUACUUAUGAUCCGUAUGAUGUGUCAAAGCAACCAAAAAGAUUAGAUACUAUAAAUGGUUUACCAGCGUCAACCGUAUUAACUGAUCCGAAUGGUUACAUUCCACAACCAUUUUACUAUUCUCAUAUACAUCCCGAAAAUUUUAUUCCAGUAUACGAUCCUAAUUUACCAUAUCAACCAUUUCUAUUAGAUAAUACUCUACAGCAUCCAAUUCAACAGUAUCCUCGCCCAAUAAUACAAGAAUUUCAACCAGAAAUACACGACAUUACGAAUGAUCCCACUUCAGUUUUACGAAAGACAACAGACGCAGAUUUAAGUCGCCUAGAAAUAUAUCACUUUAUACCAAAAAGCAAUAUACCAGUGAGAAAUACACAACAUGAAUUAUGGAAUGCACCAUAUCAUUCACCCUAUACACAACCAGUAACAGUUCGGCCUUCUCUACCUCAAGAUUAUUAUUAUCCACCACUUCGUUUCAAAGAAGCUCGUAGUUCACAAACCGAUAAAGUUGAUACAAAACAUCGUGGUGUAUCGCCAAUUAUGUUUAGUAGACAGGAUUACUAUGAUAAUCAAGAAGAUAUGGCUAACCGAAAACGUAUAACAGCUUAUACUGAUCGCUAUAGUGUUCCUAUUAAUCGUAUUAAUCAUCAUUCAUACCACACACAUCGUCCAAUUAUUCCACGCGAUUGCCGAUGUCUCGAUUGUCAAAAAAACAACGAAAGAAUUUUAAAUUAUGUUGAAUAA